AUGGCUACCUCACCGGGGCUUUCCAAAGCUACACCGGUGAAGAGCAUGCCAAAGUUUGCCGUCCUGCCCCCCAUUAAAAGGACCGGAGACAUAAAUGAGUUCGAACAGACUAUUGCGGCCAUGAAGGAGUCAGCCCAGAAGCUAAAGGCUGACACGAAGCUAUUGCAACCCCAAACAAGCAAAUGGAAAAAGCAAAACCAAACCCAAAGGAUACUCGUUUCCAGAGCACUUGUAGAGUACAGGAAAAGCAAUGAAAGGAAAACUGUUAGGUGUCUCUCACCAGAACCACAACUUCCAUCUUCUAUGCUCAGUGAGGAGCGGAAACGAAUGAUGAACUACAAUUUCUUGAAGCAGUGUGUAGAGAGUCGACCCGUUGCUCCAAUCCAGCAACAGUGGUUGGACUUGAUUGUAGCUCGAAUUGAUCCCAAACUGAAAGAGAGCCCUGAGACAAAUAAGCUGUUACAGGAGCUCUGUAUGGAAGUCACUGAUGAGUUCCACAGUGAGACUGUCAAGCACACGGUGGACCAAAUGUUAAAGAAUCCUUUUACAGUAGAGGAGAGCUCAGAAAAACCGAAAGCUAUCCAGUCAAAAAUUCUUGAUUUCUCCCAACCAUGGCAUGGUAGCUUUGUUAAAAGACGCAACAUCAUAAAGAGAAAUUUGCACAUUCUUCAUCCUGUCAUGCAAACUAUAUUGGAGAUUGGCUACACAACAUUUUCUCCAUUGAUCCUAGCUGAUCUGUCAGGGUGCAGAACUUCAGGACCUGUUGACUGUAAAAGCUUAAAGAACAAAGCUGCAGUGGAGUGUAAGAGGAAGGAGGAUCAUAUUAUGAACACAUGGUUUCCCAAAAUCAUUCACUUAUUAACUAAUACAAAGAUUUUAAAGGAAGUUAAAGAGGAGAAACUGAGUUCCUUUUACAACUGUGCAUCCACCCUGAUAUCCAUUCAGUUGAAGUCCCUCAUUCAGGCAGCUAUUGAAGAGUUUGUCCAUGUAUUUGAUCUGAGCAAUCACCACAGCUUGCCAGUCUUCCGGAUGGCUUUGACAUUUGAUGAUGAAAAGAUGGAAGUUUACCCCACCUUCCAAGAUCUGGAAGAUUCUGUUUUGGAGAUCCUUUACUCCUUAGCAAAUACUUUGCAGAAGGUGCAGACUGUCCAGGCUUGGUUGGCACAAAACUCAUCUUCAUUUGUGGAUGCCAGGGUGGCUGAGCAGAUCCUUUCUUGGGCCAAGAGUUCUGUUCAGAACACAGUGAGGAAAAAUCUAGAGGAACCUGAAAAACAUCUCCAGAGCUAUGUUGACAGCUAUGACUGGCUGGUCAAUGGAACUGCACAGACCCAAGUAGAUACAUUUAUGGAAGAGGAGCACUCCUUAGAUGAGUAUAUUAAACAAGUGGAGGAGUUUCGUCUCCUGUCAAAGGAUAUUAUCAGGCUCCCGUCAAAAGCUCUUUUCACAAUGGUUCAUCUGGACUGUGAGGAGCUGAAACAAGGGCUGGCCAACAAAGCCAAAACCUACUCUGAAAUUCUUCUGAGGAAACUAGUCGCCAUACAUCGUGAGCAAAAUCGGCAGAUCUGCUCUGAAUAUGAAGCUAUCAAAAAGAAAGCUCUGGACGUUCCAGAAACUACAGAUGACAUAGCUCAGACGAUUGAAUAUAUCAAUUUCACCAAGAAAAAGAGAAUUAGUGAACUUAAUGAAAAAUUAAAGGAAGCCAGCUCCAGACUCAUGUACCUCUUAGAUGUCCACAUCAUGGAGCCAGAGGAUUUGGAGCUUAACUCAUCUCUUUUUCUCUGGCCAAAAAAGAUCCUUCAUGCAUUUGAGCUCAACAAUGAGGUGUUGCAGGAGGCAAAGGAAAAAGGACAGAAAGAGCUCAUCGCCAAAAGAGAGAGAUUAAUGACUCAGCUGGCAAAGUUGGGACGUAUGAUAGAGGAGUUCCCACAAUGUUCCGAACUAGAAAUGAUGCAGCAGUAUGAUACAGAUGUGAGACGGGUUCAAAAACUUCUUCAAGUGGCUGAAGAGGAUAUUGUAUCCAUUAAUAAGGAAGAGGCCUUUUACAAAUUGGAACUAUCAUCUUACCCUGAAGUUGAAGUCAUCAAAGCCAGUAUUGAACCAUACCAGCAACUGUUCGGAUUUAUUCUUAAGUGGCAGCACAUGGAGAGCAGAUGGAUGAAUGGAUCUUUCCUGGAGCUCGAUGGCGAAAACAUGGAGGUUCAAGUGGAUGAGUUUUAUAGGGAAGUUUUCAAGAUGUUCAGGUUUUUCCAACAGAAGCACAAUAAGGAUGCACAAGAGAUGGAGAAGAUUUCUGGGAACACUAGAAGCAAAACUAGUGAGGAUCCAACCAAGCUGGAAAGCCCUGCAGUAGUUUUGUGUUCUGCCGUAAUGGAGCAAAUCAAAAGCUUCAAGGGCUAUAUCCCUCUAGUGUCCAUAUUGUGUAACCCAGGUAUUAGAUCUCGUCACUGGGACCAAAUGUCACAGAUAGUGGGGUAUGACCUGACCCCAAACUCUAGUUCAACACUACAGAAAGUUCUCACACAAAACCUGGCCCCUUACCUGGAAGAGUUUGAGUCAAUCAGUGCUGCUGCUAGCAAAGAAUUUUCCCUGGAGAAGGCUAUGGAAACUAUGGUGCAUGUUUGGGAUGACAUUUCCUUCAGUCAUCAGCCUUACAGGGAAACCAGUGUUUCUAUCUUGACUGCUUUGGAUAAUAUUCAGACAAUGUUGGAUGACCAGAUUGUGAAAACCCAGACAAUGAGGGGCUCACCAUUCAUCAAACCCUUUGAAAAUAAAAUCAAGCAAUGGGAGCAGCGUCUACUUCGUAUCCAGGAAACCAUAGAUGAGUGGCUGAAGGUGCAGGCCCAGUGGCUUUACCUAGAGCCCAUCUUUUCAUCUCAGGACAUAAUGCAGCAGAUUCCAGAAGAAGGAAAAAUUUUCCAAACUGUUGACAGAAAUUGGAAAGAGGUCAUGAAGCACUGUGUUAGGGACCCUAAGAUUCUGCCGGCAACCUCGCUACCAGGAUUGCUAGAGAAACUGCAAGAUUCCAACAGCCUCCUUGAUAUCAUUAUGAAAGGUUUAAAUGCCUAUCUGGAAAUGAAACGUCUCUUUUUUCCAAGGUUCUUCUUCUUAUCUAAUGAUGAAAUGCUGGAGAUUCUUUCUGAAACCAAGGAUCCACUGCUUGUUCAGCCUCAUCUGAAGAAGUGCUUUGAGGGUAUUUCCAAACUGGACUUCCUACCCAAUAUGGAUAUCCAGGCAAGGCAGCUGAUAUUUCUAUUGUUACAUGACAUCAUACUUAAUUAGGGUUCAUUAAGCUAUGCUAUUCUUGUUCAGGCCAUGUACAGCAGUGAAGGGGAGCGUGUCGAGUUAAUCCAGCACAUCUCUACAUCUGAAGCCAAGGGAGCUGUAGAGAAGUGGCUGGUUCAGGUGGAGGAUGUGAUGCUUCAAAGUGUCAGAGAUGUAAUAGCCAGGUCCAGAGUGGCCUAUGCUGAGACUGUACGGGAGAAGUGGGUCAAGGAGUGGCCUGGACAAGUGGUGCUCUGCACCUCACAGAUUUUUUGGACUUUAGAAGUUCAUGAAGCCAUUAGUGAAGGAGCUAAUGGUUUAAAGAACUACUAUCAGCAGCUCCAGAACCAGCUAAAUGAUAUUGUAGAGCUUGUGAGAGGAAAACUGCCAAAACAAACAAGGAUUACUCUGGGAGCAUUGGUCACUAUCGAUGUCCAUGCCAGGGAUGUCGUAAUGGAGCUUAUUGAUAAAGGCGUGUUACAUGAAACUGACUUCCACUGGCUUGCUCAACUUCGUUAUUACUGGAGCAAUGACAACGUUCGUGUUCACAUAAUAAAUUGUAAUGUUAAGUACGCCUACGAGUACCUGGGGAACUCGCCACGUCUGGUCAUCACUCCUCUAACUGACAGAUGCUACCGAACCCUGAUUGGAGCUUUCUACCUGAAUUUGGGAGGUGCACCAGAGGGUCCAGCUGGAACAGGAAAGACUGAAACCACUAAAGACUUAGCCAAAGCUCUUGCUGUACAGUGUGUGGUCUUUAACUGUUCAGAUGGACUGGAUUACCUUGCAAUGGGAAAAUUUUUCAAAGGUCUAGCAUCAUCUGGCGCCUGGGCAUGCUUUGAUGAAUUCAACCGUAUUGAGCUGGAGGUGCUGUCUGUAGUGGCCCAGCAGGUUCUUUGCAUCCAGAGGGCCAUUGAGCAGAAGCUGGAGUACUUCGACUUUGAAGGGACCACGCUCAAACUCAAUCCCAACUGUUUUGUUUCUAUAACAAUGAACCCUGGCUAUGCAGGACGCUCAGAACUCCCAGACAACCUCAAGGUAUUGUUCCGAACGGUGGCUAUGAUGGUCCCCAACUACGCUCUAAUAGCAGAGAUCUCUCUGUAUUCAUAUGGCUUUCUCAAUGCCAAACCACUGUCAGUGAAGAUUGUGAUGACAUACAGGCUUUGUUCUGAACAGCUCUCCUCUCAGUUCCAUUAUGAUUAUGGUAUGAGGGCUGUCAAAGCAGUACUUGUAGCUGCAGGAAACCUCAAGCUCAAGUACCCUAAUGAGAAUGAGGACAUUCUGCUCCUGAGAUCCAUAAAGGAUGUUAAUGAGCCCAAGUUUCUCUCCCACGAUAUUCCACUGUUUAACGGAAUAACCAGUGAUUUGUUCCCAGGCAUCUCUCUUCCUACAGCUGACUAUCAGCUGUUCUUAGAAGCUGCUCAGGAGUGCUGUAAAAAUCACAAUGUGCAGCCAACACAGGUCUUCUUACAAAAGAUGAUCCAGACAUAUGAGAUGAUGAUAGUUAGGCACGGGUUCAUGCUGGUGGGAGAACCCUUUUCUGGAAAAACCAAGGUGCUGCAUGUUCUAGCUCAUACUCUGACUCUCAUGAAUGAGAAGGGGUAUGGUGCAGAAGAAAGGGUCAUCUUCAGGACAUUGAACCCAAAAUCUAUUACCAUGGGACAGCUCUUUGGACAGUUUGAUCUAGUUUCCCAUGAGUGGACAGACGGGAUUGUGGCCAACACAUUUCGUGAGUUUGCAUCGGCUGACACACCAGACCGCAAGUGGGUGGUGUUUGAUGGCCCCAUAGAUACAUUGUGGAUUGAGAGCAUGAACACAGUGCUGGAUGACAACAAAAAAUUGUGCUUGAUGAGUGGUGAGAUCAUUCAGAUGUCAAGUCAGAUGAGUCUGAUAUUUGAAGCAAUGGAUCUUUCACAAGCUUCUCCUGCCACAGUCAGUAGAUGUGGUAUGAUCUACAUGGAACCAUCUCAGCUAGGCUGGAAGCCCUUGGGGAUUUCUUGGAUGAACACUCUUCCUGAUACUCUGCAGAGCCCAGACAACCGCUCUCUGCUGUUGGAGCUCUUCCACUGGCUCCUUCCACCUGCCUUCAAGAUGCUGCGCAAGCACUGCAAAGAAGUUGUUCCUACCAGCAACAGUAACACUGUGGUGUCUCUGUGUCGACUGUUUGAGAUGCUUCUCACUGAACCCUUAAAGACAGGCCCUGGUGAUAAAAAUAUUCGUGCAUGGAUCAUGGCAGCUUUUGCAUUCUCUUUGGUGUGGUCUGUGGGUGGUAGCUGUGAUGCAGAUAGCAGAGAGAAGUUUAGUGAGUUCUUAAGAGCGACAGUUUCAGGAGAAACAAAAGAAAAUCCAAUUCCUGAAACAGUUGGAAAAUGGGAGUGUCCAUUGGAUGAGAAAGGCUUGGUGUAUGACUACUUUUAUGAGUUUAAAGGAAAAGGCAAGUGGAUUCCCUGGAAUGAUGCCAUAAAGAAUCUCAGUCUGGAAAACAGAAACACCAAAGUUUCACAGAUCAUUGUUCCCACUAUAGACACAGUUCGGUACAAUUUCUUAUUGGACCUCUGCAUCAACCAUGACGUUCCUCUUCUGUUUGUUGGGCCUACUGGCACGGGGAAGUCAGUAUAUGUGAAGGAGAAACUGAUGAACGAUCUGGACAAAGACUUCUACCUACCCUUCUUCAUCAGCUUUUCAGCCCGCACCAGUGCUAACCAAACUCAGAACAUCAUUAUGUCCAGGUUAGAUAGGAGAAGGAAAGGGGUGUUUGGCCCGCCCACAGGAAAAAAGUGUGUCAUCUUCAUAGAUGACGUGAACAUGCCUGCACUAGAACAGUUUGGGGCACAGCCUCCUGUGGAACUUCUUCGACAGUACAUGGACCAUGGAAACUGGUAUGAUCUGAAGGAUACAUCCAAGAUUACUCUUGUGGACCUCCAGCUGAUCUCAGCAAUGGGACCCCCUGGUGGUGGAAGGAAUGCUGUAACUUCUCGUUUCCUGCGGCAUUUCAACAUUUUUAGCAUUAAUCCUUUCAACGAUGACACCAUGGUCCGAAUUUUUUCCAACAUUGUGGCUUUCUAUCUGAAAGGCAACAUGUUCCCACCUGAAGCUUUUACCAUUGGCAAGCAAAUAGUGAUAGCUAUGAUGAAAGUGUACAAGAAAGCCAUGGAGAACUUGCUUCCAACUCCAGCCAAGUCUCACUACACCUUCAACCUACGGGACUUCUCCCGUGUCAUUCAAGGCUGUUUGCUACUAAAAAAAGAGUCUCUGAAGGACAAACAUACUAUGAUACGACUGUUUGUCCAUGAAGUCUUUCGUGUCUACUACGACCGUCUGGUUGAUGACAAUGACAGAGCAUGGCUCUAUAAACUGAUGAACAGCAUUCUCAAAGAUCACUUUAAAGAGUCUUUUGACCAGAUCUUUGAUCAUCUGAAACAAGGCAGUAAACUGGUUGAGGAGGACAUGCGAAAUCUUCUGUUUGGAGACUACAUGAACCCUGAUGUGGAGGGUGAGGAACGCUUAUAUGCUGAAGUGCCUUCAGUUGAAGCCUUUGCUGAGGUGGUGGUGUCAUGUUUGGAAGAAUACAACCAGAUGCACAAGAAUCAGAUGAACCUUGUCAUCUUCCGCUAUGUGCUGGAGCAUUUGUCCCGUAUCAGCCGUAUCUUAAAGCAGCCAGGUGGCAAUGCUUUGUUAGUGGGAGUGGGAGGUAGCGGACGACAGUCCAUCACACGGCUGGCUACGUCAAUGGCCCACAUGACCAUGUUCCAACCGGAGAUCUCUAAGAGUUAUGGCAUGACAGAGUGGAGAGAUGACCUCAAGCUGUUGCUGAUAAAUGCUGGGGUUAAAGGACAGAAGACUGUAUUCUUAAUAACCGACACACAGAUUAAAGAUGAAGCUUUUCUCGAAGAUGUGGACAGUGUCUUGAAUACAGGAGAGGUGCCGAAUCUGUUUGCUAUUGAUGAAAAACAAGAGAUCAUGGAGACAGUACGACCCAUUGCUCAGGCUGGUAAUAAGAAUAUGGAGCUGAGCCCUUUGGCUCUGUUUGCCUUCUUUGUGGCACGUUGUAGAGAGAACCUGCACAUUGUUGUGGCCUUCAGUCCUAUUGGAAACGCCUUUCGAAAUCGUUUACGCCAAUUUCCAUCUCUCAUUAACUGCUGCACAAUUGAUUGGUAUCAGCCAUGGCCUGAGGAAGCUCUUGAGCGAGUAGCUAACACCUUCUUGGAGACACUGGAGAUGAGUGAAAAUGAGAGACAGGAGGUCGUACCCAUCUGCAAAACAUUUCACACCUCUGCAGAACAGCUGUCACAGAGAUUCCUUUCUGAACUAGGUCGUCAUAAUUAUGUGACUCCCACAUCUUACCUGGAGCUGAUAGCAGCUUUCCGUCAGCUACUCACUCAGAAAAGAGAUACUGUAAUGAAGGCAAAACUGAGGUAUACCAAUGGUCUGGAAAAACUUGCCUUCGCUGAAUCUCAGGUUGCUGAGAUGAAAAAGGAGCUGGUAGGCCUACAACCCAAACUGGAACAGGCAAAAAUUGACAACACCAACAUGAUGAAGGUGAUUGAAGAGGAAUCUGUGGAGGUGGAAGCAAAGAGUAAAAUUGUGCGUAUUGAUGAAGAGGCAGCAAUUAUAAAAGCUGAAGAGGCUCAGGCUCUGAACAAUGAAUGUGAGAGUGACUUAGCUGAAGCCAUCCCUGCUCUGGAGGCUGCUAUCUCUGCUUUGAAGACGUUGAAUCCCUCUGAUGUCACAAUUGUGAAGUCGAUGAAAAAUCCCCCUUCAGGGGUGAAGCUGGUGAUGGCAGCUGUAUGUGUGAUGAAAGAGAUAAAGCCAGAUAAGAUAGCUGACCCAGCUGGGACUGGAAAAAAGGUUUUUGACUACUGGGGUCCCAGCAAGAAGCUUCUGGGGGAUUUAAACUUUUUACGAGAUCUUAAAGAAUAUGAUAGAGACAAUAUUCCUCUCCUUGUGAUGCAAAAAAUCCGUAAUGAGUACAUGAUUAAUCCUGACUUUGAUCCCAGCAAAGUGGCUAAGGCUUCCUCUGCAGCAGAAGGGCUGUGCAAGUGGAUCAAAGGGAUGGAGGCUUAUGACAGGGUUGCAAAGGUUGUAGCUCCAAAGAAGGCUAAACUUUUAGAAGCCCAGAGGUCCCUAGCUGAUACCAAGGCCCUGCUGGACCAGAAGACAGCUGAGUUAAAGGCAGUGGAAGACCGCCUAGCUGCACUUCAGAAAACCUUUGAGGAGAAGACAAAGGAGAAGGCCCAGCUGGAGUUCCAAGUGGAUUUGUGUGCAAAGAAGCUGGAAAGGGCUGAAAAGCUUAUUGGUGGUCUAGGUGGAGAGAAAACCAGAUGGUCAAAAGCUGCAGAUGACCUGCAGAACACGUAUGAUAAUUUGACCGGAGAUGUUCUCAUCUCUGCUGGUGUCAUCGCCUACUUGGGGGCUUUCACUGCUGGCUUCAGACAGAAGUGCACUCAGUUAUGGACCAAACUCUGUCAAUCUAGAAACAUAGCAUCAUCAGAUGACUUCUCUCUCAGUAAAACAUUAGGAGAUCCAAUUAAGAUCAGGGCUUGGAACAUCGCAGGCCUUCCCAGUGACUCUUUUUCUAUUGACAAUGGUGUUAUUGUCAGCAAUUCACGUAGAUGGCCUUUGAUGAUUGACCCUCAGGGUCAAGCUAACACGUGGGUGAAGAAUUCAGAGAAAGAUAACAACCUGAGUGUCAUCAAGUUAACAGACGGGGACUAUAUGAGAACUUUAGAAAACUCUAUUCAGUUUGGAACACCCGUACUGCUAGAAAAUGUGGGGGAAGAGCUGGAUCCUUCUCUAGAACCACUCCUUCUCAAACAAACCUUCAAACAAGGUGGUGUGGAUUGCAUCAAGCUUGGUGAGAGCGUGAUUGAAUACUCCUGUGAUUUCCGUUUCUACAUCACCACCAAGCUCAGGAACCCACACUACCUUCCAGAAUUGGCCACCAAAGUGUCCUUGCUUAAUUUCAUGAUCACACCUGAGGGGUUAGAGGACCAACUGCUUGGGAUUGUGGUUGCAAAGGAGAGGCCAGAAUUGGAAGAAGAGAGAAAUGCCCUGAUCCUGCAGUCAGCUGACAACAAGAGGCAGCUAAAGGAAAUUGAAGACAAGAUCCUUGAAACUUUGCAGUCUUCUGAGGGGAAUAUACUGGAAGAUGAAAGUGCCAUUCAGAUCUUAGACUCAGCAAAGACCAUGUCCAAUGAGAUAACCAAAAAACAGCAAAUUGCAGAGAAGACAGAGAUUGAGAUAGCUGAGUCUAGAGAAGGUUACAGACGUGUGGCCAAGCAUUCAUCCAUCCUGUUCUUUAGCAUUGCUGAUCUGGCCAACAUAGACCCUAUGUACCAAUACUCUCUCAGCUGGUUUGUCAACCUCUACAUUAAAUCUAUACAGGACAGCAUUAAGUCUAAGGUUCUGGAGAGGAGGCUUCUAGUCCUUGUUGAUCGCUUCACCUACAACCUGUACUGCAACGUCUGCCGUUCUCUCUUUGAGAAGGACAAACUCCUCUUCUCCUACCUUUUGUGUUGCAAUUUGCUCCUAGCAAAGAAGGAGAUUGAAUUCUCAGACUUCAUGUUCUUGCUAACUGGGGGAGUGGGACUGCAGAACAACACUGCUAACCCAGACCCCAGCUGGCUCCAGGACAAGAGCUGGGAUGAAAUCUGCAGAGCCAGUGAACUGCCAGGCUUACGAGGAAUAAAAGACGCUUUUACUAAGAGUCCAGAAGAAUUCAAGCCUGUUUAUGACAGCAAAGAGCCAUGUAAUGUUGCUCUGCCUGCACCAUGGUGUGAUCAACUCAAUGACCUGCAGAAGAUGAUCAUUGUCCGCUGUCUCAGGCCUGAUAAGAUAGUGCCAGCUGUGACUAAAUAUGUGACUGGCAAACUGGGGAAGAAAUUUGUCGAGCCCCCUCCUUUUAAUCUGAGUAAGAGCUACCAGGAUUCUGACUCCACUGUUCCACUUGUGUUUGUGCUUUCUCCAGGAGCUGACCCCAUGGCUAGUUUGUUUAAAUUUGCAAGUGACAAGAAAAUGAGUGGGACAAAAUUCCAGUCUAUCUCUCUAGGUCAGGGCCAGGGGCCUAUAGCUGCUAAAAUGAUUUCCACAGCCAUGCAGAAUGGGACAUGGGUGUGUUUGCAGAACUGUCACCUGGCAGUUUCAUGGAUGUCCACCCUAGAGAAAAUCUGUGAGGACUUCAGUUUUGCAACAUGUCACCCAGACUUCCGCCUCUGGCUCACAAGCUACCCUUCAUCUAUGUUUCCAGUGACCAUCCUGCAGAAUGGAGUGAAAAUGACAAAUGAGCCCCCAACAGGACUCCGCCUGAACCUGCUUCAGUCUUACUCGUCAGAUCCCAUUUCUGACCCAAACUUCUUCAAAAACUGCCCCAAUAAGGAGUUUACUUGGGAGAAACUACUUUAUGGACUGUGCUUCUUCCAUGCUCUUGUUCAAGAGAGGAAAAAGUUUGGUCCACUGGGCUGGAAUAUUCCUUAUGGCUUCAAUGAGUCGGACCUCCGUAUAAGCAUCAGACAACUCCAGCUGUUUAUAAAUGAAUAUGAUGACGUGCCCUUAGAGGCCAUAACAUAUCUGACCGGCGAGUGUAACUAUGGUGGCCGUGUAACCGAUGACUGGGAUAGGCGGCUCCUGAUGACUGUCUUGGCUGACUUCUACAACAAGGACAUCAUUGACACAUUUUGCUACCCUUUCUCACCCAGUGGUGAAUACUUUGCUCCACGUAAAUCAAGCUAUGAAGAGUACAUUGUGUUUAUCCAGAAUCUUCCAUUGACCCAGCAUCCAGAGGUGUUUGGGAUGCAUGAAAAUGUGGACAUUUCCAAAGAUUUGCAGCAGACAAAACUUCUGUUUGAUUCGCUGCUACUCACUCAGGGUGGAGAAGCUAAAGGAGGGGCCAGUUCUGGGAGUGACAAUACCCUAUUUGACAUUGCAAAUGACAUCCUUACUAAGCUUCCAUCAGAUUUCGACACAGAAGCUGCUCUCUUGAAGUUCCCGGUACUCUAUGAAGAAAGUAUGAACACAGUUCUCGUCCAAGAGAUGGAACGCUACAAUACGUUGUGUAGUACGAUUCGUCUGAGUCUGCAGAACCUGUUGAAAGCUAUUAAGGGCUUGGUGGUGAUGGAUUCAGAGCUUGAGGCUGUAGCAGGCGGUUUGAUUGUGGGCAAGGUCCCAGAGAAAUGGGCCAAGCGUUCUUACCCAAGCCUCAAGCCCCUGGGGAGUUACAUAACUGACUUUCUCUCAAGGCUGAAGUUUUUACAGGUUUGGUAUGAUACCACAAAGCCCAGCGUGUUCUGGCUGUCUGGCUUCUUCUUCACACAAGCCUUCCUAACUGGAGCUAUGCAGAACUAUGCCAGGAAAUACCAUGUCCCCAUUGAUUUGUUAGGCUUUGAUUUUGAGGUUCUUCCUAUUUAUAAGUCAGACACAAUACCCGAGGAUGGGGUCUACAUUAACGGAUUGUUUCUUGAUGGUGCCCGAUGGGACAAAGAAAGCGGAGUCUUGGCUGAGCAGCACCCCAAAGUCCUUUUUGACUCGAUGCCCAUCAUCUGGAUUAAACCUGCUGAAAAGAAAAGUAUUGGUGAACCUCAGAAACUGUAUGAUUGCCCUCUCUAUAAGACCAGUGAGAGGAGAGGUACUCUCUCUACCACAGGCCACUCCACCAAUUUUGUCAUCUCCAUGAUGUUGCCCACCAGCCAGGGCCCACAGCACUGGAUCAAACGCGGUGUGGCCAUGCUCUGCCAGCUUGAUGACUGAGACAAGUUAAUACACUACUGGAGACUCCAGCACUUUAAGUGGGACUUUGAAAGGCCACAUGAAUACAUUAUUAAAAUUUGUUUCUUAACAGUGCAAAAUUAAACAUGUUUGUAUUUGACCAGCUAUUGAACAUGUUCAUGGUUCCAUGUUAUGUUCUUGUCCAGUGGCUACUUCAACACAAAGUGUAACUGCUUUCUUUAUAUAAAAUUAAAAUAUAGUAAAUGUACAUAAAAGUAACUAAAUGCACUAAAUGCUUUAACUUUUCAAUAGUAAAUGAUAGCAGCUGGUAUUUCUCAGUCCUGGAGCGUUGUGUGUUGGUUCAGUAAAAAAACAUGUAUGAGUGUGAA